AUGGCUCGUCGAGGCCACUCAAAGUCCUCCGCUUUCCAGUGGACCACCAUUUUCUAUCUACUCUUAAUCUUCAUCUGUCCUUUGGCAUUGAUUGGCAAAGUCCAAGCAGAUGAUCAGACUCCCUUGAACUCCUCCGAUACCCACAACUAUGGCACCGUCAUCGGAAUCGAUCUUGGAACCACCUAUUCUUGUGUCGGUGUGAUGCAGAAUGGCAAAGUCGAAAUCAUUGUCAACGACCAAGGAAACCGAAUUACUCCCUCUUAUGUCGCCUUCACCGACGAAGAACGCUUAGUGGGUGAUGCGGCAAAGAAUCAAUACGCAGCAAACCCUACAAGAACUAUUUUUGACAUCAAGCGUCUGAUCGGUCGCAAAUUCGCCGACAAAGAUGUGCAACGAGAUUCGAAGCACUUCCCCUUCAAAGUCGUCAACAAAGACGAUAAGCCUGUGGUCAAUGUCGAAGUUGGCGGCAAGCCUCGAACCUUCAGCCCCGAGGAAAUUUCCGCCAUGGUUCUGGGCAAGAUGAAGGAAGUCGCAGAAGCCUACCUAGGCAAGAAGGUCACCCACGCCGUCGUUACAGUCCCCGCAUACUUCAAUGACGCUCAGAGACAAGCCACAAAAGACGCAGGCAUCAUUGCCGGCUUGAACGUUCUCCGUGUCGUCAACGAACCCACUGCCGCAGCUAUUGCAUAUGGCUUGGACCAAAAGGGCAAGAAAGAGAGCCAGAUUAUUGUCUACGAUCUCGGUGGUGGUACUUUCGAUGUCUCGCUUCUCUCUAUUGACGAUGGUGUCUUUGAGGUUUUGGCAACUGCUGGUGAUACCCAUCUUGGUGGCGAAGAUUUCGAUCAGCGAGUCAUUGACUACUUCGUCAAACUCUAUAACAAGAAAGCUGACGUCGAUAUCCGAAAAGACCUCAAGACCAUGGGUAAACUGAAGAGAGAGGUUGAGAGAGCCAAGAGAACUCUCUCCUCUCAAAUGUCUACUCGAAUUGAAAUCGAAGCAUUCCACCAGGGUAAUGAUUUCUCCGAGACUCUCACCCGAGCAAAAUUCGAAGAACUCAACAUGGACUUGUUCAAGAAGACGUUAAAGCCUGUCGAGCAAGUGCUCAAGGAUGCUAAAGUCAAGAAGAGCGAGAUUGACGAUAUUGUGCUUAUUGGUGGCUCUACUCGAAUCCCCAAGGUCGUAUCUCUGAUCGAAGAAUACUUUGGUGGUAAACAGGCCAGCAAGGGUAUCAACCCUGACGAGGCCGUUGCCUUUGGUGCCGCUGUUCAAGGUGGUAUUUUGACAGGCCAGGAGAACACUGGGGAUAUCGUCCUCAUGGAUGUUAACCCAUUAACCCUCGGUAUCGAGACCACUGGUGGUGUCAUGACCAAAUUGAUUCCUCGCAACACCAUCGUACCCACCAAGAAAUCCCAAAUCUUCUCAACAGCUGCCGACAAUCAGCCAGUUGUUCUGAUCCAGGUCUUUGAAGGCGAGAGAUCCUUGACCAAGGACAACAACCUGCUUGGUAAAUUCGAACUCACCGGCAUCCCUCCUGCUCCACGAGGAGUACCCCAAAUCGAGGUUUCGUUCGAAUUGGACGCCAACGGCAUUCUCAAGGUUUCAGCUGGUGAUAAAGGAACUGGUAAAUCAGAGUCUAUCACCAUCACCAACGACAAGGGCAGACUAUCACCCGAAGAAAUUGAACGCAUGGUUGAAGAAGCUGAACAAUUUGCCGAAGAAGACAAGUUGGUCCGAGACAAGAUCGAGGCUCGCAACAAACUGGAAAACUAUGCCGUCUCUCUGAAGAACCAAGCCAACGAUGAGGAAGGCCUUGGUGGCAAGAUUGACGAAGACGACAAAGAGACCCUGAUUGAAGCUGUCAAGGAGACUCAGGACUGGCUUCUUGAGAACGCUGACACCGCUGACAAGGACGAUUUUGAUGAGCAAUACGAAAAGUUGUCUCAGGUCGCCUAUCCCAUCAGCAGCAAGCUUUACAGCGGAGGUGCCGGUGGAAUGCCAGACUACGGAGAUGAUGACGAGCCUACACAUGACGAACUAUGA